AUGGAGACGACGGCGGCCGCCCAUACUGAGCCGCCAUCGAACGAUGCUGGUCCCUCUGCCGUGAAUACAUGGGUGACCUCCCAUGCUCCACCCGGCAAAUCCGAUUCCUCAAAAGUGACCAAGCAGCAUGCCUCGCAGACGCAACAGGCAGAAGCAGGGCCUUCACGAAUCCCAUCCGGGUCCCCUCCUCGACCCCGCACGUCCGUUCAGAAAGGCGGCCAGAGCUUACCCGUGCCUCCUGAGAGUGCUGCUGGUGGUACGAGUACGCCCAAUACGCAUCAAAUAUCGCAGGGAAGUGCCUAUGACCACUCGCAGACGGGCCUGAAUGAAGAGCAUGCUCAGCUGCUAGCUUCCCUUGCAGCUGGGCAUCAAAUAGGCCUGAAUCUUGCAGAGAGUACCCCCCAAUCUUCUCAUGCCUCUGCUUCGCUCCAGCAUGAACUUGCUGAUGCCGUGAUGCAGCAUGCAAAUGCUCAAUCAUCCCAUCAUCUGGGAGAGCAGACGUACGAUCACGAAUACAAUGAUGAUGAUGAGGACGAAAGCGGGGUUGCAGACGGCCCGCAAGGCCCCAUCCAAGCCUACGCGAAGAUUGACUUCCCUGGCUUUUCGAUCUACAUUCAGACACUGCGGGUCACCAUUGGCCGGCGCCCAGCUCAUCUCGCACACGCCUACACAUCAGACUACCCACGGCAGAUCAACGGCUCGACUAAAAUCGAAGGAGACGUAGACAUUGAUCUCGGAAAAGUCAAGGCAAUCUCUCGACUACACGCGGUCAUCUACUACCAUGCAGGACCAUUUCAUCCUCAGCCUUAUCCUGGAGGAGGCCAUCCAGAUGCAUCUCAUCUGUAUCGCUCUUUUUGGCGAGAGCCUAAUCAGCAACUCAGAGAUCUCUUCGUGAUGGAGGUACUCGGAAAGCAUGGCGCAAUGGUUGAUGACGUUUACAUACGGCAAGGUGGUAUCAUCCAGCUCGGUAAGAGGACCAAAAUUCAAAUUGCAGAGCGCGUCUUCUAUUUCGUGCUCCCGCCGAAUGUGGUAGUUCCUCCGCUGCCUUCCAAGCAGCUGGACUCUCUGUCUCCUUCAGAAGACGAAAGCAUGGAUGGAAGCGAUGACGAGAACGAUGAUAGCGAUGAUGAGGCUAGUCAAGAGAGCGAUUCCUCAGAACUGUCGGACUCAAAGGAAGGCGGAGAGGGCGAAGGUCAAAAAGCAUCCUCCACAGCGACUGCAAAAUCGACGGGGCGGCCGAAAGUCCGUCCGAAACUCGUUCUCAAACGCAAAGGAGUGGCAAGCGAUGGCGCUGGCGGAGGGAAGGGCAAAGGGAAAGGCAAAGGGAAAUAUGUCAAGGGCAGCGAAAGUCAUGCUGGCGGUAGCGACCACGACAUGGAGCUGGACGUCGAUACCAACGAGGUGAAAGCUGAGAAAAGUAGCUCUUCUAAGAAGAGCAAGAAGCAGAAAGAUGUGGAUAGUAACUCCAUCAGCAAGGACAAAGACAAAGCUCUGCCAGCUUGGGCCCAAGGAGCCGGAAUCGCCGGAAGCAAGCGAAAGCGUGGAGACCCCACUUCUGAUGAAGAGGCUUUGGCUGUGGGCACUCCCAUCGGUGUCGAGGCCCUCGAAGCUGAAAAGCGAGCUAAGGCUGCGAAGAAGAGGCUAGCGAAAGCGCAGCAGCUUCGAGAAGCAGCGAACGGAGACCCUGCGAAAGAGAAGGAGGCCGAUCGGAUUGAGCAGAGCGUCAAGCGUCAGGAGGAAGGCGAAGGCAAGGAGAAGAGCCAGAGCAAGGAGAAAGGGCAGGGCAAGGAGAAGGUCCAAGGCAAAGGUAAGGGCAAAGGGGAGACAAGCAGCAAAUCUAGCAAGUCGACUCCAGCGGCUACAAGCACUGGAUCGGAAGGCGCCAUCGAUCUGUCGAAAGAUGCAUCUCCACUUUCGAUUCAGCCUCCGUCAGAAGCGCCACAGGCAUCAGUAUCAGUAUCAGUAUCAGCAGCAUCAGCUGCUCCGCCAAAGGUUCCGUUGCCUGACGCCAGCUCGACACUCGCACCAGGCGAUGACGGGGUCAAGCCGGCCCUCACCAACACGGAGCUCAUCACUGCUGCACUUCGAUCUCCGGAAUGUGUCGACGGCAGAGGCAAAAUGACGAUGCUAGAGGUCUUCGAUUGGCUACAGAAGCGCUGGGGCUGGUUCAAGGCGAAUGGCAAACACAAUGGUCGUGACUGGCAGAACUCUCUCAAGAGCACGUUUCCAUCCAGCAAAGACUUCACCAAAAUCCCCCGUCGCCCCAACGAGCCCGGAAAAGGGAAUCUGUAUACCAUGUCAGACAGCCCAUUGGCUGUACGCCAUCGUGAGGAGAUUGCUGAGGCCAAGGCCAAGGCCGCCCUAGCGGCAGCGGCCAGCGAAGGUUCUGCCGACACCGCCCCAACUAGUCAGCCGACACAGCCUAAAGCAGUCCCUCCAACAGGCUCCUUUCCCGUUCCAGCACCCAAUCCCCCCUCGCAUGCUUCCAGUCCGGCACGUGGACCAGCAGCUACAGCAGCUACCGUUGCUGCCAUCGUGGGAGGAGGCGCUGCACUCGAGGCUGUCUCUUCUGUCUCUGCCCCUGUUGCUAGCACGAGCAGUCUACCAGCUGCGAGAUCCCCUGUCCCUGCUCCGGUACCUCCUGUCAGACCGGAGGCAGCAAGUGCAUCACCGGCUCCUGUUCCUCCAGCAGCGGCCAAAGCAGGCUCGCCGGCAACACCAGGAGGUACCCCCAAACCUCAACAAUGUGUUCCAUUAGUGGUCGGCGCACCACCUGCCAAUGCCGUCAUUCCAAACAAAGGCAAGCCAGCACCUGGGUCUGUGGAAGCUUUGUUGGAUGCUCCACCUAUCGUUCAUCACGAUGGUAAGCUGUACCUUUCCGCCCCAGUCUUUGGCCACCUAUCCGCCCAGCAGUUAACAGAGAUCGAGCGAAUGGGGCCGCAAAAGGCGUUGCAAACACUACAAGGCUUACUGGUGGAGCACCUGAAAUUCAAAGUGAGGCAACAGCAGCUGGCCAGUCAGGCCCGGAGCCAAGCUUCACCAAGCCCUCAGCCAUUGCGCCAAGGCACUCCGAGCGGUGCAGCGCGUCCACCAGCUACCCCAGGGGUGCCUUCUCCCCGUCCUCAGGCGCCUGUACAGGCGAAUUAUGGCGGAUCACCUGCUGGGUACCAACAGCGACCGCCGGGACAGCCGUACAGUAACACGUCUUCGCCUGCGCCCGCUGGAGUCUAUGCACAGAAUCGACCGCCGCCCUCUCAAGUGCCUCGGCCAGGUCCUAACGGGUCGUAUCAAUACCAACAGCAACCCAUGAUGCGACCUCAAGGUGGGACGAGCGUCACACCUGGCAGUCCCGCCCCUCCCCGCCCAUAUCCCCGACCUCCCAAUACCAACCAGCCCCGUCCAGCCUAUCCGACGACUUCAGCAGCGAGGCCCUCUGGUACCAUGCCGCCAAGUGCAAAUUCUCCCGCCGGGCAAUCACGUCCCUCUGGCCCACUAAGCCGUCCACCUACUGCUUACUCGCCGAGUCCGGGCCCCCGACCCCCCGUCGGAGGCUACGCGCCUGCAGGUGCAGUACCCUCGGGACCAAUGGGACGUCCACCGCCUCCUCGACCGUACACUGGCAACAUAGGUGGGCCGCGACCUCCUUCACAUGCACCACAGACUGCUGUUGAAGCUCUCAGCACACUAUCAUCUCAUCCUGAGGCGCCAGGUUUGAUGGCCUUGCUGAGACAGCAGGGGCAGACUCCAGGCGAGGCCGUUAAAAAUUUGAAGCUGACCCCUGGCCAGAUUCAGUUGCUGCAGAUGGCAAAUGCUAUGGCCGCUGUCGGUGGUGGUCUAGGUGGCAACGGACCUGUGGGAGCCUCUCGGCCGGGCGGUGGCGCUUCUCCUGUACCACCCUCGCAUCCUCGCCCUCUUGCACCCCCACAUACAGCUGCGCAGCGCCCGCCUGCGCCUCCAUCUGCUGCUCCUGCCGCCGGUUCUGGUACUGCUUCUGCGCAGUCACCUAGACCACCGCCAGCCGCUGGUCCUACAAGGCCAACGACGCAGCCAGCCGCGGCAGCCCCACCUCAAGGUCCCAGUACGCCUCAGACACAGGCAGCUAUGGCGACCUCUCUUCCCGCCGCUGUCUCCGCUACGACCGCCUCUGGGCCAGCUCCCGCUGCUGCAGCUGCUCAAGUGCCUGCACCGGGAGCAGGUUUAUCCGUCACGCAGCCAGCUGCAUCGACACCGGCUCCUGGCCUUGGCCCUGGCUCUGGCCCAUCUGUGACUCCGGCAGCUACCCCAGUCACGGCUCCUGCGAACGCGUCAAUCGUGGUUCCGACUCCUCCAGCUACUCCAGCCCCUCCUUUGCCACCUCCGCCUCCCUCAGAUACCCAGCCAGCGGAGAACACGGCGCCAGCCGCGCCAACGCCUCAGACUUUGCCCGAGGGAGGUGCAGGCGGACAGUCUUGA